GGCUGGGUCUCAGCUGCUGUGGUCUGAACGUCAGUCGUGCAGACAGAGAGACACAACUGGACGCCCCCACUUCCGCUUCCUCUUGGCGCCGCCCAGCUCGGCCAAGGAAGGCAAGGGGAUUAAAACACCUCACGAGGUUGCGUACGGCCGUUUCAUUCCAAGCGCCGUAUCCGCCACGACCGCCACUCUCUCUUUAGCCCACGCGCCAUCAUGAGCGCGUCCUGGGACUCGGAUCUGUCCUCGAUCAUCGAGAAGACCAACAACAACCUCAAGCUACUGCGCAAGAUCGGCGACAAGCCGCAAGUGCGAUCGCCCGAUGUGUCUGUGACUGCUGCUGGCCACCCGUCGGCCCGCCCUCGCGCGUUUGUCGGCGCUCAAGAUGACGCCGGGUCGACCUCGUCGCGUGGCUCGGCCCGCCCUCGCGCCUUUAUCCGUGGCGAUGACGACACAAGCUCCAUGGGCUCCCACGGGUCUGCGCGUCCCAAGGCUUAUGUUCGAGGGGACGACGAUACGGGCUCUAUGGGCUCGCACACGUCUGGCCGUCCCAAGGCUUUUAUCCGCACGGACGACGACUCGGGCUCCGUGUCGUCAAGAGCUUCGGCCAGACCCAAGGCCUUCAUCCGGCCCGAUGAUGAUGCGGGUUCUGCGUCCUCCAGAGCUUCGGCCCGACCCAAGGCCUUCAUCCGCGCGGACGAUGACAGCGGUUCCGUGUCUUCAAGAGCCUCGGCCAGACCCAAGGCCUUUAUCCGAGGAGAUGACGACACGGGCUCCAUGUCGUCGCGCUCCUCUGCUCGGCCCAAGGCUUUCGUCCGCGGCGACGACGAUACUGGAUCCAUGAACAGCAACCAGGGCCUCGGCCGCUCCCGUCUUGACUCUGGCAGCAGCUCCGGCCGCCCGCAUGUGGGUAUCGCCGGUGGCGGCGGCUUGACGGCCGCCAUGUUGCAGCAACAUCGGGCCACUGCCGCUGGUGGCACUGGCCUGGGAAUGGCCGACUUGAAUGCACAACGCUCACGCUUCGACCUGGACGAGACGCGCUCCAUGAGUGGCGUGUCGGCCUCCCGUCUCAGACGUCCGCUUGGUGCCAACGGCCGCGUCCCGCACGCUCGGCCACUUGGUGCCAGCAUGGGCCCUCGUAUUCGUGUUCCCGACGCCGACAUCCCCAGCGACAUCCCGAACCACGUGGUGGACGAGAUCAAGAAGAGUCUGGAGACUCAUUUCGCCUCUCGCAAUGGCGCAGUGGACAAGAAGGUGGCCGACUUACGUACAGACGUGGCCGGCCUGACUACACAGACAUCCUCGCUCAGCUCGCAGAUCUCGGAGCUGCGCGACGCUGUACUGGUGUCUGCUAACAGCGCAUCGUCGGCCAACGCCCCGGCCAUCUCGGACCCGAAGAUCUUUGCCAGUGUCCAAGCCAAUGCCGCAGCUAUCGCUCGCCUUGAAGAGCACAGCGCUGACCUGUUGGGCCGGAAAGUGAGUGUGGACCGCGAGCUGGCGGAACUCGGCUCUCGAGUCAAGUCGAUGUCGUCCGCGACCAUGAAGAUCUCGACGCUGGAGGACAACAUCGAGGCGCUCGUAGCUAACCGACAGAAACAGGAGCAAGGAUUGUUCAAGCUUGCAGACAGAGUGCAGCUGAUGCAUCGCCAGAUGGGCAGUCUAGUGGACAUGAAGGCUGUGGAGAACUUGCUGAGCAUUCGACUGACGCGCGAGUUCCGUGAGAUGGAGGAUCGACUGGCCCAGAAUGUCAUGCGCAUGGCGGAGAAGAUGGAGCAGAAGGUGCAGAGCAUGGAGAAGCAGUCGUUCUCGCAGCGUCAGGAGAGUCUGGCCGCGCUCAAGAACGAUUUGACGGACGACAUUCAGCGUCUCCAGAGCUCGGCCCUGCGUAAGAGCGACUUGGUGCCGCUUCAGAACGCUCAGACGCAGAGCAAGGAGGAUCUGGCCCAGUUGUCUAGUGCCUUGGACCGUCAGGAGAAGAAACUGCAGGACGCCAAGGUGGCUAACUCCACACUGCGUGACGAGCUGGCCGAUGCUCGCACGGAGCUGAACAAGGCACUACAGAGCCAGCAACGUAGCGCUUCGGCCCUGCUGGAAGAGAAACUGGAGCAGAUCACGACCAAGAACAAGGAAAAAUCCACCAAGUUUGACGACCAGCUGUCGGAGCUGGCCAAGAAGCAGAAAAAGCUCGAGGAGGCCACGAAAACGCUGCAGGAAACGAUGACCCAGGUGAAGGCCGAGGCCGGCCAGCGCUGGAGCCGCAGCUCGGCCGACAGGGAGGAGGAGAACGACAAACUGCGUCAACGUCUGGCCCGCUCUGUCGCUGAGCUUGAGGCUCUGGCCACCACCAAGGCCGACGUGGAGCGUCGCUUUGCUAGUGAGGAGCAGCAGUUCCAGGCGAGAUUGAAGGAGCUUCGUACGACGCUGACUGAGACGGAGAAGCAGAAGGAAGCGCAGCGCCUGGAACUUAUGCAGAAGCUGCAAGAGGAGAGCAAAUUGAUGGGCGUGGCGCAAGGCAAGAACUCGCUGUUGGAGACCUUGUUGGCUCGUGAAAAGGCUGAGAACGAGGAGAAGAACGAGCUGGUACGUAAGUCCAAGAAGGAAGUGACCGAGGUUCGCGAGCAGAUCCGUAAUCUGGAAAGUGAGAAGGAGAAGAAGGUCCGUCAGUUGACGUCGGAGCUGCAGGCCAAGCAGACGCAGGUUGGACUGCUGACCAAGACUCUGAAGCGUAUCGAAACGGCUUCGGCGAAGAUGCUGGAUCUGUCCAAGCGGGAGGCCAAGACUGUGCGUCGUGUGAAGGCUACGAAGGAGCAUGAGUUGUUCAUUGCGCAGCUGAAGCUUAAGGAAAUGGAGCGUGUGGCUCAGGCUCUGCAGAAUGGCGACGAGAUGAAGAAGCAGGCGGCGCUUACUGCUGCCAGCACGGAAGAGCGCAAGGAACUGGAGAAACUGCUGCUUGAGAGCCAACUGGAGAAGGACGAACUGAAGCAGGAGCUGGAGGAGAUGACGGAGGAGUUCAACGCGGCCAAGGAGAGUCAGAAGGUGAUCAUGGAGGACACCAUCACCAAGCUAUCGAGCGACUACGACGAGAAGAUCAGCGAUCUCAAACAGCAGAUCUCAGACAAGGAACAGGCCAUGCGUCAACUGCGCGACACGCUUGUGGAGAAGAGCAACUUGGACGCGCUUGAAGACGAGUUGGCAGCACUCAAGGACGAGAAGAACGACUUGCUGGAGCAGAUCCAGCGCGCCCAGAUCGAGCACGAGCGUGUGACGCUCAAGACUGAGACGAAUCUACGUCUGGAGCAUGCGACGGAGUUCGCUGCGAUGAAGUCCAAGUACGAGGAACGUAUCUCGGAGCUUGAAGCCGCUAAGACUGAGCUUGAAACGACCAAGGCGACGAUCGCAGAGCUGGAGAAGUCGCUGGAGGAGCAGGAAGCGCUGCACCAGCGUGAAGUGUCGACUCUGACGACUGAGAUUAAGGAGGCUCGUGCCAAGAUUGACGAGUGCACAGCCCAGAUUCUGGACCUUGAAGAGACGAAGACUCGUCUGGAAGGCGAGGUCUCUCAGAUGGAGGCUAACAUUGGCGGUGCAUCGGCCGAGAAGGAAGAAGAACUGGAAGCGAUCAAGAGCCAGAUGCAGGCUGAAGUCGAGAAACUUCGUGCUGAGCUCGCCGAAGUGUCGAGUGCGCUGGAGGAGAAGCAGACGCAGCUCAAGGAGGCAAAGCAGUCGGAUGAAGCCAACCGCCAGCGUCUGGUGGAGAUGGCCAUGGCUCAGGAAGAGAUGCAGAGUCGCUACGUUGCCCAGAUCGACUCGCUCACAUUGAAGCUCAACCAGGAGCGUGAGAGCUCUCGUGCUCGUGAACAGGACUUGGAAGACACAAUUGACAAGCUGAAUGCUGACGUGAAGAUGCUCAAGACCGAGUCGAGCAAGGAGCUGGAGGCUGCUCGUGCUGAACUGACCGACCAGAUGACCGAGUUGACGACGACACUGAAGGCUUCGCAGUACCGAGAGCAGCAGUUGCAGUCGCGUCUUAAGCGUAUUCUGGAGGAGCUGGUGCAGGCCGCGAACGCCUCGGGAGAGAACGAAGUGGCCGAGGAUACAGAGAUGAGCGACGACGAGGCCAUCACGCACCACCUAGACACGUUGUACGCCACGCACCGCCGCACUGCGCACGAGUUGGAGCGUCUCCAGGCCGAGUACGAGUUGACUGUGAAGCAGGCGGCUGCCGACAGCGCUACUGCUCAGGAGCUGGACAACCAGGUAAAGGAGCACGUAACGCAGAUCAAGGAGCUGGAGUCGGUCGUAGAACAGCUUCGUGAAGAGCUGAAGGAGCAGUACCACAAGUCUGCUAUCAUCGCCAAGGGGUCUGACGAGUUCAGUGAAGAGAUGGCGUCUCUGCGUGAGGAGAAGCGUCAACUGGAGCGUCAGCUGCAGGAGGAAGAGAAGGACCGUGAGAAACGCGAAGUGUCGUACCAGAGGAAAACGGAGAUGAAGGAACGAGAAGUCGAGGAGCUCCGGAACGAGAACAAGACGCUGACGGCUGCUGUGGCUGCUGUCCGCGAGAAGAUCCGUGCAGUUGAGAACGUCAAGUACAACGACCUGGGCGAGCUGCAGAAGCAGCUCAAGGACCUUGAAGAACGCACGGCAGCGCUCCAACCGGACGAGAAGAACGUGGCCAACUUGGAGCAGAGCUUCACUGCUACUCGUCAGGAGAUUGUGACGCUGACUGCUGAAGUGCAGUCUCUGUACCAGAAGCUAACGGCCUGCUGUGGUAUCAUGGAGUGGAGUGAGCUUCGUGCCAGUGUCUUUGACGAAGAAGAGAAACUGAGUCGUGUGCGCUCGGAGAAUGCUCGUGAAUUGGCCAAGGUCCAGUCGGUAGAGCAGGAAGUGCUGACAAAUGCUGAGUUCCUGAACGCUUUGCUAGUCGCACAUGGAUCGACGGGAGGCGAUGAAGACCUGCUGAAUGAUUUCCGAUGGAUGCAGAAGUACGCGUCUAUUGCUCCUGAGAUUGUGGAGAAACUCCGGAAGGUGGAGUCGCGAUUACGAGACGCGGUGUUGGAUCUGCCUGAUGGUCCGAACACGCAGGCUGCCCGACCUCCUAACUCUCAGAGAUCGGCGGUGGACGGCGCUGCGAUCGCCCAGGCGCUCGAGAAGGCGAGGGAGGAUUACUUUAGUGAGACGUCGGAUGCGGCUGACGAAGACAAGCUCGACGUGGAUCAGCCUGAUGUGGAGCAGGAGGGUCUUGUGGACCAGGAAGAAGGUGCGAGUCAUGACAGUGUGGAUGUGGAUGAGCAGAGUUCAAUUGGCGCUAUGAGUCAUGAGGAAUCUGGAACUUGUGCUGAUGAAUUGGGGGUCGCUGAACAUGUUGUGCAUGAUGAGCAGGAAAGAAGCCGUGAGGAGCAGCUUGAUGAAGAGUUGAGCGUCAAGCAGGAUAGGAACGAUGACGAUGUCGAUGGACUAGAGUCGGAGACGCCCAAGAUUCAGGCCAAGGGCUUUAGUGGCGGUGGCGGGGAAGGCGGCAUGGAUGAAGUGGAGAGGCUGAUGCUGGAGCGCUCUAGUAAACAGGUGAACCCACGUAUUGAUAAUGAAUGUGAUGAUAGUGAUGAAUUUGCUACAACGAACGUGCAUGAGACCGAAGAGCAGUCGGCUGCAGUAACUGAUGAGUAUGAUUCAAACACUGAAUUUGUUGAGCAAGCUGAAUUGAGCGCAGUGGAGGGGAAUGAACUGGAUCCACUUGAGGAGAGUUCGUUUGACAAUGCCAUGAUUUCGGCGUUAGAAAGUAGAGAAUCCUCCUACUCAACGUUGAGCACGCAUGCAGUCAAGGUAAAUGAGGUAGAAGCUGAUCUGUCCGACUCGGAAAGUCACGUUGUGCCGGACGCUAUUGCGGAGAGCUCGUUUGAAGACUCGAAUGAUGAAGCCAGAGAUACUUGUGACCCUGUAGCGGAUAAUGCUUCGGUAGAGUUGACACCGGCUGCUCAUAAUUCUGAUGGCGAUGCAAUUUCUGGCGGUGAGGUUUCUCUCGAGAGUACCAACAAGCCAGAGGUUGUUGCCAAUGUUAAGGACACGACAUUACCUUCAGAGCAACCAUCGUCAGGUACACUAAGUUCUUAUCAAGCUGAGGUGCGAAGUGACGAAAAACUUGAUCAACUUGAAAGUAAUGAGCUAGGAGAGUCAUCGGAAAGCACGACUGCGUGUACUGCUGGUGUAGGUAAUGCAUUGAAGGAAUCGGUAACUAGUGUGGCAAAUAAUGAGCUGGAGAACUCAGAUGAUGAGGAAAACACAUUAGAAGGAAGUUUACGAAGGGUGAGGAGAGUUGUGAUUGAGCAGGAAGAGGAUAAUGAACUGUCGUCGACUUUGAGGAGACCUACAUUGGCAGAUUCGGAUGAAGAGGAGCAUUGUUUAGAAGAAUCCGUGGAGAACGUCGAGUCCCAUUCUCUUCAUAAGGAUAAUGGCUUGGAGGAAUCAACCGUCACCUUAGACCGAAGCGCCUUAGUUGAGGAAAAUGAACUGGAACAAUCCGCGCCAAGUAUCGUGAGUGAUGAAAUAAAUGCCUUGGAAGAAUCGACAUCAAGUAGGCAGAGUAAUGAAGACAAGGCGUUAAAUGACAUAAUUCCGAGGAUGAACAAGGUUGAGAUUAAGCAACUUGAUGCGAGUAACUCAUUAGAAGAAUCAUCUGCAAGUAUGAAUGAGGAUACUGCUGCGGACAACUUACACACCUACGAAACCAGUGUGCUAGAAGAAUCAUCAUCAAACGUGGAUAACACGGCAGAAAUACAUGAAGAUGGGGAGGAUAGCGUUUUGGAAGAGUCCUCCUCAAGUCUGGCAAGUGAGUUACAAAGGAAUAACAGUGAGAAUUGCCCUGAUAGAGCCUCAAGUAGACAGACGUACGAUGAUUCUCUAGCAGUGCAGAGUGACGACGACGACAAUCCCUCUGAUCGAGGCGCAGUAGUUAAUUCACCGCUCGAUAAUUCAUUCGACACAGACAUACAGCCACAUAUCGACGACGAAGCUGAUAUACGUCGUGAAGCAGAGCCGAUUAAGCAUCAAGAAGACGAAGACGAGUGCUCCGAAGAGCAACUUCGAGCUGCAGAAUACUCGCUGGAUAGACAGUCAGCACCAGAAAGCUAUGACGAAGAUGCCGGCAUCAUUGAAUCUACUCCUGCUCCAGCAAUGGCUCACCGCACGGAGGACGAUGACAGUUCAGAAGAGGAGACGAUUCCUGUGCAAACUCAACCGACAACGGCGGUGACCCUCAGCCGAUUUGGCAUGCGCGCGCGUCACUUACACCUUGAAGAAGACGAUGAAACAGACGCAGUUGAACGCUUACUUCUGAAUCAAAAUGCUUCCAUCAUGCAAAACACGCAGCAACAGUACGAUCGGUCCACCAGACCUUCAGCUACGAAUGAUGAUGACGAGUUUGGAGAAUCUUCCUUGCAGUCACGAGGUGAUGACCACGAAGAGAUUGGAGAGGAUUCUAUUUGGUCACGUGAAGGCCCCGAUAAGUGUGAAGACAAAUUGACUAGGUCACGUGAUAGUGCAACCGAUGAGCAAGCGAUCAAUAACAAAGAAUCACUCACAGGUGUGGUGAGGGACACGCUCGCGGAUGAAUACCAAGAUGGCCAUACAUCGGAAACAAUGUCGUCUACUAUGAGGAGGGCAGUUGCUGAGGAAAAGUCGUUAGAAGAUUCUGCUACAAGUUUAAAGAAUACCGAAGCCAAGUUCAUUCUCGACGAUAACGAAUUGGGACAAUCAGCAGCAAGUAGUGCGAGUGGUGAUCACGCGGAGGAUCUGGAAGACUCAACAUCAAGUAUGCGGAGUUUCUCGCAACGUGACGGAGACAAUCACCUUGAUGAUCGCAAUGCAGCAGAUGACGUACAUACCUACAGAACCGAUGCAUUGGAUGAUCCACUGGAAGAAUCUGAAGGCAGCGUGGAGAAAGUUGGACCGAUUGAACCACUUGAUGAAGGUGGAGCGCUUGAAUAUUUCUCAUCAAGCUUGGGUAACUCCGCAUUUGGGUAUGAAGGGGGCGACGGUAGCGCUUUCGAAGAGUCAUCAUCAACAAGUCUAACAAGUGAAAAGUCUGACGAUGAUAGAGCCUCUAGUAGACGUAGGCACGAACUGCAGAGUGACAUGGCCAAUGAUCACGGCGCAGUAGUUAUUUCCAGGCCGAAUCAACUCGAAAGUUCAUUUGACGCUGAUGUGCAAUCAGUUUCCGAUGACGAAGCUAGUUCAGAGGUAUCCAUACAGCCGGUUAAGCGCCAAGAAGGUGAAGAUAAAUGGUCUCAAGAGCAAGCAGAACACUCGCUACAUAGACCGAUAGUUCGAGAAGACGAUCGCGACGCAGAUGUCCGUACAUCAACCAUGACAUUCCUGUUGGAGAAAGACGACAGCUCAGAGGAGGAGACGAUGCCUGUGCAAACUCAACCGAUAACUGCAGCGAGUUUGAGCCGAUUUGGCAUGGCUACCAGUCAUCUACACCUAGAAGAAGACGAUGAGAUGGACGAUAUUGAACGCCUGCUGUUGGAUCAAAGUGCGUCCAGCAUGCAAAAGUCACAUCGACAAUCUGGUCGAUCCACUAGACCUGCUGCUGCGGACGAUGAGUUUAAAGGGUCUUCUUUGCACUCACCAGGCGAGUUUGGAGAGGAUUCCUUUCGCUCACGUAAAGGAACCGAUGAAUUUGAAGGCAGAUUGAGUAGGUCAGGGGACAACGAGUUCGAUGAACAAUUGGUCCUCGACAAAGAAUCGUCUAUAGGCGUGAAGAGAAACACACUUGUUGACGAAGAUGUAGAGGACAAUACAGCGGGAGUAUUUUCGUCUACUAUGCGGAGGACAGCAUCAGAAAACGUAGCUGAUGAUGAUAAUUCGUUAAAAGAAUCUCCAUCAAGCUUAAAAAAUGUCGAAACCAAUGAGGAUAACGAAUUGGAACAAUCAGUACGUAGUGCGAGUGGUGAUCACGCAGAGAAUCUGGAAGAAUCAACAUCAAGUAUGCGGAGUAUCACGCAGCGUGACGAAGAAAGUGAGCUCGAUAAGCAGCUUGAUGCACAUAACGCAGCUGGUGGCGUACACACCAAUACAUUGGAUCAUUCACUGAACGAAUCUGAAGCAAAUGAGGAGAGAGAUGGAUCGAUGGAGCCAUUUGAUGAGGCUGGAGCGCUUGAACAUUCCACAUCAAGCAUGGAUAACACCGCCGUUGAGUAUGAAGGGGAUGACGAUAGCGUUUUGGAAGAAUCAUCGUCAAGUCUGGUCUCAAGUAAGCACGCGCACAAUGAACUGCAGAGUGGUGAGGACGACGAUCACCACCCAGUAGUUAUUUCCAGGCCAAAUCCAUUCGAAAGUUCAUUCGACGCUGAUAUGCAGUCAGAUUUCGAUGAUGAAGCUAGUUCAGAGAUAUCUACACAGCCGGUUAAACGCCAAGAAGGAGGUAAGGAAGAAAAGUCUGAAGAGCAGCUUCGAGUGGGUAGACCGGUACUAGCAGAGGACGAUCACGAUGCAGAUGAAGACGAGAGUUCGGAAGACGAGGCGAUGCCUGUUCAAGCCCCGAUAUUGUCAGCAUCACUGGGUCGAUUUGGCAUGGCUACCCGACGUCUACACCUAGAAGAAGAUGAUGAAAUGGAUGAUAUUGAAGGUCUGCUAUUGGACCAAAGUGCAUCCAGCAUGCAACAGAGACGACAACAACCUGGCCGGUUCGGUAAAGAAACAACUACGGACGAUGACGAUGACGAGUUUGAUGAAAAUACCAUUCGUUCACGUGAAGACGAAGAGAAUUCGUUAGAUGAAUCAGCUACCUUGAAAAACGUUGACACCAGGUCUCUCCAUGAGGAUACCUUGGCCUUGGACACAUUCGCCAUCUUAAACCGAGACACUUUAGCUGAAGAAGAGGAGCAAUCCGCAGCGAGUAUCACAAGUGGAGAUCGACUUGAGGAUAGUAAUGCCUUCGAAGACUCGAUAUCCAGUAAUACCGCAGAAGCAUAUCAAUACGACGAAGGUAGUGCUUUAGAAGAGUCCUCAUCAAGCCGGUCACGGGAGACUUACAAUGAGAAUCUCACACAUAGAGCCUCAAGUGGACGAAACACGCACGAUGAAUUUCUCGCACCACAAAAUGGCGACGACAGUCGUGCUGAUCAAGCCGCAGCUGUCAGUUCCCAGCCUAAUGUACUUGAGAGUUCAUUCGACGCAGACAUGCAGUCAGAUAGUGAUGAAGAAGUAGCAGAACGUUCGAUGGGAGACGAUCACGACACUGAAGACACCGUUGAAUCUGCUUCUACUAAACCAAUGUCACUCCGCAUGGAGGAAGACGAAAGUUCAGAUGAGGAAACGAUGCCUGUGCAAACCCAACCAGUAUUGUCAACACGCUUGAGCCGAUUUGGUAUGAGUACCCGUCGCCUAAAUCUUGAAGAAAGUGAUGAAAUGGAUGAGAUUGAACGCUUGCUUUUGGACCAAAGUGCAUCCAGCUUGGAAAAGAGACAACAACAGUCUAGCAGAUUCCCUAGAUCUACGGCUAUGGAUGAUGACGAUGAGUUUGGAGAAUCAUCUCUGCAGUCACGAGGUGAUGACGACAACGAGUUUGGUGAGAACUCCAUUCGUUCCCGCGAAGACAGUGAGUAUGAAUCCGAGUCAACUAGGUCACGUAGUAACGAAUAUGAACGAACGGUCCAACACGACGAAGAAACACGACGCCAACAAGAUAAUCGAUUCACUGGACUUAGUAGACACCAUUCCAGCGAAGACGCCGGUGAGUUUGGGGAAAUAUCCCGAGAGUCAAAUGGCGAUGACGAUGGCGAGUUUGGAGAGGAAAACGUUAAAGCUAUUUCACUCCAUGACGACACUGCUUUGGAAAGAUCGACCGCCAGAGUAAACGAAGAAACGUUAGGUGACGCUUUUGACGAGGAUAAUGAGUUGGAACAAUCGGCAGCAAGUAAGGCGAGCAGCCAUCACGUUGAGGAUAUUACUGCCAUCGAACAAUCAACGUCACGCAUGCGGAGGGUUGGGCAGCACGUCGAAGACAAUGCGUCAGGCUCGAAAGUGGCCACGGCUAAGUUCGAUACAAGUAACUCAUUAGACGAAUCAGCUUCACGUUUUACUUCCACUGAUGCUCCACACACCAAUGCGUUGCAACAUUCAGAAGACGACGACGUCAAUGCUUUGGAUGAAUCCUCAUCAAGUCUGGCAAGUAGAUCACGAGAAUACCAUAGCAGGAAUUUCCGUGAUAAAUCUUCAGCUCUGCAUUGCGACGACGACGACCAUCACCUCGAUCGAGUGGCAGAUAAUUCACCUCAACAUCCACUGGAGAGUUCAUUCGACUUGCAGUCAGAUCUCGAAGAUGAAGCUAGUGCAGAGUCCACACAGCAGCUUAAGCACCUAGAAGGUUGGGGUGAGCGGCGUGACGAGCAUUUGCAUGGUAGAUUGGCCGGAGAAGACGAAAAUGACGCAGAUUACAACGAAUCUGCUCCAGCCAGGAUACUCCACAUGGAGGACGGUGAAAGCUCGGAAGAGGAGACAAUGCCUGUGCAAACCCAACCAGUAUUGUCAACACACUUGAGCCGAUUUGGUAUGAGUACCCGUCGCCUAAAUCUUGAAGAAAGUGAUGAAAUGGAUGAGAUUGAACGCUUGCUUUUGGACCAAAGUGCAUCCAGCUUGGAAAAGAGACAACAACAGUCUAGCAGAUUCCCUAGAUCUACGGCUAUGGAUGAUGACGAUGAGUUUGGAGAAUCAUCUCUGCAGUCACGAGGUGAUGACGACAACGAGUUUGGUGAGAACUCCAUUCGUUCCCGUGAAGAUCCCAACGAGUUUGAAGACGAAUCGGCUGCUAGUAGCUCGCUGGACAAUAACCGAUCGAAUCAAAUUGAUGAAGCACAACGUCAACAAGCUCAUCGAUUUACUAGACGCACUAGACACCAUGGUACCGAUGAAGAAGAUGAAUUUGGCGCUUCGUCCAUCCGAUCGAGAGCACACCACGACGAGUUCGUCGAGACAACGAAAUCUCAAGAGGAAGACGAAUUCGGCGAGGCUUCGAUCAGAUCCAGGUCAUGUGAGGAGGAUGAAUUCGGGGAAGUUUCCCUCACAUCUCGUGAAGGCAUGCCCAUUCAAAUGUCUAACGAUUCCAGACUACCUGAAGAAGGUAGAUUCGGUAGUUCAAGCCGAUCCGACGUGCGCGAAACGAACGACCUGAGCCAAGCAUUGAGCAGCUUACGGGGUGAUCCUGAUCUUGUUAGCGCAUAUCCGCGCGAAGAGAACGAAGAUGGAUCACGCGAAGAAGAAGAAUUUGGCGAGACAUCUUUCCAUAGCGGAUCGUAUGAAGACGACGACUUUGGUGAGAUUUCAAUCCCGCUACAAGAAGAUACAGGGAUCCCGCCAGCCCCUUCGCGUUUGCUUAGUGCACCCGUUGUCGGGCGCGCUGACAGAGGAUUGGUCUACCACGACGGCUUGAUGAACUCGCCGUUGAAAUCACCAAGAACCACGACGACAGGAGCUCAUGAUGACAGCACUAAUGAGGCAGAACAUGACUAUAUGGAUGAUUCCUUUGACCUGGACGAGUCGCUGGAGGAGGAAGACGAUGAAAGAGACGUAUAAGCGUUCGCACCAUCUUAACGAUCCAAUACAAAUGCAGUUUAGUAUUAUACUUGAUCUCGUCAGCGACGAUAAGCGUUAGCACCGACAAAAGGCGGUGCACCAGGCUCUUGACUUUCGAGUAAAAGCUUCCGGUAUCUGUCCUGAGACUCAGCUCCAAGCAGACCGCCGAACUUGACCUGACCGACACCUGAUCCCAUUGCAACGGCAUUCAGCACCUCAGCAUCUGCACCUGGUUGUCCAGCUGAAGCCCCUAAGAUCACAGCA